GUCGGCUGAACUGAACCAUCCAGCAGACUUCAGACCGAGUGAGCGCACCGCCGGCUCGCUGUCUCCGCUCUGCCGCGCCGCCGCAGAUGGCCGGAGCCACCUCGCCGGCAGCGCGCGCGCUUGUCAGUCGCUUGAUGGCUCCACUCAUCCUCCUCUUCCUCUACGGGUGCUGCAGCUGUGGAGCUGUCGAGAGGGAGAGAACCCUUGCGAUGAUCAAGCCGGAUGGUUUGUCUGGGAACUACACUGAAAAGAUCAAGGCGGCCAUCUUGGAUUCUGGAUUUCAUAUUGUCAAAGAGACCCAGGUCCAGCUUGAUGCUGAGAGGGCAUCUCUCUUCUAUGCGGAGCAUUCUGGGAGAAGCUUCUUUGACAGCCUAGUCAAGUAUAUAACGAGUGGCCCAGUUCUUGCUAUGGUUCUGGAAAGACCUGAUGCCAUUGCACAAUGGCGUGCUUUGAUUGGGCCAACUGAUGCAAGAAAGGCUAAAACUACUCAUCCAAACAGCAUUAGAGCAAUGUGUGGGUUGGACUCGGAGAAAAACUGUGUGCAUGGUUCAGAUUCACCGGAAUCUGCAGCCAGAGAGAUUUCAUUUUUCUUUGGAGAUGGCGAUUCUGAAACUGUGGAACAUGAUGAGCUAUAGACACUAGACUGGAAUCAGUCAAGGCAGUAAAUUGAAACUUGAUGACUCUUAUGAACUCAUAGUUGAUGAAAACUUGGGUGAAUCAGACAAGUCUACUCUGAUAGCACAUUACAAUUCUUGACAUGGUAACUUAAUAUACAGAGUUCUGAAAGAAUUGAUCUGCAGAUUGUGAUUGCUGAAGAUUACGAUGGUUUAACAGAAACCUUCACUAAUCACUUGGCCGAAAGUUUCACUUAACCAUUACUGUCCAAGUAAUUGCUGUGUUACAAUGAAACAUAUGUUUGACUGCUCUGGACGCAAUUAGAUCUUAGAAUUGAUACUUGUUUACCAGGAACUGGCACUUGGCAGUCUUUUGUUUCGAGAUGCAGUAGGAAUAGGAUCCAUGCAUGAAAUGGGAGAAGAGAAUUGCCAAAUUAGCCAAAGAGCGGAUGUUUGGGUUCAGAAAUUUAUAGAGAACUAGUUGUAGUCGCAAGAUAAUUUAUAAUACAAAGUAAAUUUUUAAA